CACAAACAUCUACCAUGUCUUCCAGAAUCCAGAGUCUGAUACAAUUGGGUCCAAAAAAAACCCAAAUUCAACUUCCGUCCGUAAUUCAUAAAGCAUUUCUUGAGCUCGAUACAUGAUGAAAAGAACGAUGCCAUGGAGCGAUGAUGAUGAUUCUUCGUCUGAUGAGUCUUCAAGUCCUGAACAUUCAGAUGGUUCCGAUAAGGAUCAAGUUCCAAAGAAGAGUCAAAAGAAAAGUUCUGGUGGAUCCUCCAAAUCUAAAGUAGUCAAACCUGCCAAGACAAAAAGUAAAGGUAUUGACUUUGAAGCGUUGAGUCAACACGGCUAUAAAGGUGGACUAUCCGUUCUGAAAGUCCCACCACCAAAAGAAGACGACAAGGACCGUGAUUGGUCUUGGUCAACCGGCAAGGAUACCCGUGCUGCAAAUGAGACCGAAGAAAGUUACCAAGAACGGCAAAAGACAAGAGCCAUGCUACUUGAAGGAGAGCAAUUGGCACACGCCCGGACCCAGAAAGAGAAAAACCUUUCUUUUUCACAGAAAGAAAAGAGGAAAAGAGAUAUUGGACAGGCUAGUAGGGGAAAGAGCUAUGUUGAAGAAGAGAAGAGGUUGUUGAGGGAAAAUGGUGUUUACUCUGGUUUUGAUUCUUAAUUUUACCAACUUUAUGUACUUUGUGAAAUCUGAGUUCAUGCUACAUACUGAGAAGAUAACUCGAGCUAUGUUAUAAGUUGUGUUCACUGAUUCCAAUAUCCCUUGAACUUUCAGAACAUACUGGAUGAACUGGGUCGGUUCACUGCUAAUAAGCAUUUAGCUCAAGUGAUGAAUGUUAAAUAUGUUGAUCAUUCCAUCAAGACGAAUAUAUAUAUAUAUUUUUUUUUCA